CAGUGUGACCGGCGAUGUGUGAUGUGUGAUGUCAAAAAGUUCAUCGUUGAAACAAGUGACAGAACCCCAGAAAGACGAUUUAAAGAACAGUUAUGACUUAUUGAAGCAUAUCGAUCAUAUAAAAUACUCCUUUUUAUUUAGCAUUAGGAAGUAGAAUUUUACAUACGUCUACUAGGCAUUGAGGAAAUUCAAAGAGGCAUCUACCAAAAUGCCUGCAGUUCGAGGAGAUGGAAUGAGAGGCUUGGCCGUCUUCAUUUCAGAUAUAAGAAAUUGCAAAAGUAAAGAAGCUGAAAUAAAGAGAAUAAAUAAGGAGUUGGCAAAUAUUCGCAGUAAAUUCAAAGGGGAUAAAACACUAGACGGUUAUCAGAAGAAAAAAUAUGUUUGCAAAUUACUCUUCAUAUUUUUACUGGGACAUGAUAUAGAUUUUGGUCAUAUGGAGGCAGUUAACCUGCUCUCUUCAAAUAAGUACUCUGAAAAGCAAAUAGGAUAUCUUUUCAUAUCGGUAUUGGUUAAUACUAAUAGUGAACUCAUCAAACUGAUAAUACAGAGUAUUAAAAAUGAUUUGGCCUCGAGGAAUCCUAUACAUGUCAAUCUGGCUCUUCAGUGUAUAGCAAACAUUGGCAGCCGUGAAAUGGCGGAGGCUUUUGGAAAUGAUAUUCCGAAGCUUUUGGUGUCAGGAGACACAAUGGAUGUUGUUAAACAAAGCGCUGCUCUAUGUUUAUUGAGGUUAUUCAGAACAUCUCAGGAAAUUAUACCAGGUGGAGAAUGGACCUCACGUAUUAUCCAUCUUUUGAAUGAUCAGCAUAUGGGUGUUGUUACAGCAGCAACCAGUUUAAUUGAUGCUUUGGUGAAAAAAAAUCCUGAAGAAUAUAAGGGAUGUGUGUCAUUGGCUGUUUCAAGACUAAGCAGGAUUGUCACAGCUAGUUACACCGAUCUCCAAGAUUAUACCUACUAUUUUGUACCAGCACCUUGGCUUUCUGUAAAAUUAUUACGUUUACUACAAAAUUAUACACCACCAGCUGAAGAUCCUGGAGUGAGAGGUAGGCUGAAUGAAUGCUUGGAAACAAUUUUAAACAAAGCCCAGGAACCCCCAAAAUCUAAGAAAGUCCAACAUUCUAAUGCCAAAAAUGCAGUUCUUUUUGAAGCUAUCAGUUUGAUCAUACAUAAUGAUAGUGAGGCCAACUUAUUAGUUCGCGCUUGCAAUCAGUUGGGGCAGUUUCUGAGUAAUAGGGAAACAAAUCUGAGAUAUCUGGCAUUGGAAUCUAUGUGUCACUUGGCUACAUCCGAAUUCUCCCAUGAGGCAGUUAAAAAGCACCAAGAAGUAGUGAUUCUCUCUAUGAAAAUGGAAAAAGAUGUCUCUGUUCGUCAGAGAGCUGUGGAUCUGUUGUAUGCUAUGUGUGACAAAAGUAAUGCUGAAGAGAUUGUCCAGGAAAUGUUAAAUUAUUUGGAAACAGCAGAUUACUCAAUUCGUGAGGAGAUGGUAUUGAAGGUAGCCAUUCUUGCGGAAAAGUAUGCUACUGAUUACACCUGGUAUGUCGAUGUUAUCUUGAACUUGAUAAGAAUAGCUGGAGAUUAUGUUUCCGAAGAGGUCUGGUACAGAGUUAUUCAGAUUGUUAUAAAUAGAGAUGAAGUUCAGGGAUAUGCUGCGAAAACUGUAUUUGAAGCACUACAAGCUCCAGCGUGUCAUGAAAAUAUGGUCAAAGUUGGUGGUUACAUCUUGGGGGAAUUCGGUAAUUUGAUUGCUGGUGAUCAAAGAUCAUCUCCAACUGUACAAUUCCAACUCUUACAUUCCAAAUAUCAUCUUUGCUCACCUAUGACUCGUGCUCUUUUACUCUCCACUUAUGUCAAGUUUAUCAAUCUAUUCCCAGAGAUACGAAGUCAAGUUCAAGAGGUUUUCAAACAACAUAGUAAUUUGCGUUCGGCAGAUGCGGAAUUACAGCAAAGGGCAUCAGAAUACCUUCAGUUGAGCAUCAUUGCAAGUUCGGAUGUAUUGGCUACAGUUUUAGAAGAAAUGCCUGCUUUUCCGGAAAGGGAGAGUUCAAUACUCGCCGUAUUGAAAAAGAAAAAACCGGGCAGAUUACCUGAAAAUGAAAUAAAAGAAACAAAGAGUCCUGUUGUAACUAAUAAUUAUACCACCAAUGAUAAUCACAGCACAAGUAGUUCUGCUGCUUCCGCUGAUCUACUUGGGCUUUCUACACCCACUCAACCAAGUACAACUUCCAAUACAGGGGGUUUACUUGAUGUUUUGGGCGAUGUUUAUGGCACAAAACCAAAUACUUCAUUGAGCACAAGUGCACAACCCAAUGCCAGUAAUUUCAAGAAGUUUGUCUGCAAAAACAAUGGAGUUCUUUUUGAGAAUGAUCUGAUUCAGAUUGGUGUUAAAAGUGAAUUCAGGCAAAACUUGGGACGUUUGGGUCUCUUUUAUGGAAAUAAAACUACUGUUCCAUUACAAAGCUUUGUUCCUAACCUGUUAUGGUCUGAAGAACAGAGUAACAAAUUGAUAAUUCAGAUGAAGCCAGUUGAGCCAGUAUUGGAGGCUGGAGCACAAAGACAACAGACUAUCAAUGCUGAGUGUAUUGAUGACUAUACAGAUACACCAUCAAUAGGUUUAAGCUUCCUAUAUAAUAAUAUUCCACAAAAGAUUACUUUCAAAUUACCUCUUACUCUAAACAAAUUUUUUGAACCAACUGAUAUGAAUGCAGAAUCCUUUUUCGCAAGAUGGAAAAACCUUGGAAGUACAAAUCAACAACGCUCCCAAAAAAUAUUUAAAGCAACAGGGCCAAUGGACCUUCAAGCUGCUAAGCCUAAGAUAAUUGGGUUUGGCAUGCAACUGCUUGAAGAUAUAGAUCCAAACCCAGAUAACUUUGUUUGUGCUGGUAUCAUUCACAUGCGCUCACAACAAGUAGGAUGUCUCCUAAGAUUAGAACCCAACAAGAACGCACAGAUGUACAGGUUAACAGUUCGUUCAAGCAAAGAGAGUGUAUCAGUUGAAAUAUGCAAUUUGCUUGCCGACCAGUUCUAAAUUCAAUGUAAAUUUUUUAUACAUAUAUCAAAAUUCUUUAAAUUACUAAAGAGACCCUGGAAAUCUAAUAUGAUUAUAUAUCAAGUAUCACUUGAAAUCCACUAUUUCAAAGUGCUAUAUUAUAUAUUAUGUCUUCAAGAAUAACUCUAUGAUGUAGACUUUUCUCAACAGAUUUAUUGUGACAU